AUGUCCCGUGCUGUGGGUGAGGAUGUGCUGGUGGCAGUGUUGAAAGGACCAGAGCAGGGUGGCACGGCAAGGAGAAGUCAAGCUGACACCAUGGCGACCUCCGUCUUCCUGUGCCUCUUCAUCGUCCUGCUCACCGGGGGCUUCCCAACAGGGUGUGCUGGAGACGGUGGCUCUGCAUCCCACAGCUCAGCUGGCACUGCAGAGAAGCCUGUCCUGUUGAGCAGCACCGCAGACGCCGAAGCCUUCAUCAGCGAUGCGGAGGUGGCUGUCAUUGGAUUCUUCCAGGAACCGGAGGGCCCCGAAGCGUCCCAGUUUCGCCUGGCGGCCGGCCGCAUCCCGGAGGUGCCGUUCGGCCUCAGCAGCAGCCCCGCCGUCCUGUCCCGCUACGGCGUGGCGGCCAACACCGUCACCAUCUUCCGCAGGGUGGACAAUGACCGGAGGGAUAUGGAUAUGAACGACAAAGAUGUUGAUGCUGAGAAGAUGACUCGUUUCGUUCGGAUGAAUGAGCUCCGCCUGGUGACAGAGUACAACCCUGUGACGGCAAUAGGUGUGAUGCAGAGUUCACUCCAGCUUCACCUCCUCCUGAUCACAGACAAGAUGUCCCCAAAGCACCCUGAACGAAUGCGCAAAUAUCGGGCUGCAGCGGAGCUCUUCAAGGGGAAGAUUCUCUUUAUCCUGUUAGACAGCAAUUUGAAGAGCAAUGAACGAAUAGUGUCAUUCUUCAAACUGAAGAAGUCCCAGCUGCCAGCUCUGGCUUUAUUCCAUGCACCAGAUGAGGAGCAGGAUGUGUUGACUCUGGAUGAAGUCUCCAUUGAGCGUAUACAGGACUUCUGUAAUCGUUUCUUACAAAGAAUGCAGAAGAAAGAAGACGAACGUGAGGAGAAGAAUGAGGAGCUCUGAUUCUUUCUCAGCCAACAGGAUGACUGUGCCCAGAGUUAUCUGUUUCUGGUGUAUGAGGAGUUUUCUGAGCUCCGCAGCUCAAGAAUUCCUGAGAUAGUAGGAUUAAAGGGCCAAAUCAGUCACAGAUUUCCAUCUCCAUGCUAUGUACAUAUAUGCUGUCUGUCCUCUCUAGGAAUCUCUUCUCCCUUCUCAUUUGCUGGCUUCAUCUCUCUUUCUCAGUACUCCAGGAGAUCUGGUAUUGCCCUACACUGUGUCCUUCCAUGUCACCUCUGAUGGAGCAAAGUGUGAUAUAGGAAAAGGGCAAUAUCAGAGAUAAAGCUUGUAGUUCACAGGUAUCUGUUUCCCUCAUUUUCUCUGCUUUUGGUGCCAUGCUGGGAUCCACUAACAUUAGGAACAGACUGGUUGCUUGUCGUCACACGAACUUUUCCAUUUAUUUUACUAAAUAAAGCAGAAAGUGUAUAGCCUGAAUUUUUAUGCAAAUAUGUGAUUUCCCACUCCCCAUGUCUUUCACUUAAGGAC